AUGGAGUCAGGUAUGACCCAAGAGGAAAGUUACACCGAUCGCAGGAAACUGUUCAAGAACAUUUGGGAUACGGCUAUGACAUUAGAAGACAAAGAUGCCAACGAGGUCGUUAGCAAGCCUAAAGUUAUCAAGACAUUGCGUCUUGAUGAGGUAGAUCGCUAUGCGGACGAUUUAUUUUAUGAACAGAUGGUUGCGGAAGGCAAGAAAGACCCUUCACAGCAGUCUGACCCUAAUACCGUCGUGAAAACACCGAAACCCAAGCUAAAAAGAAAGGUUACAAAAGCAAAUAGUGUCUUUUAUCGGGUAACUCAUCCGCCAGCGCCUAAAGCAACUACUUCAGAUCGCCAAGAUUGCAGUGGAAACCAAAAUAGUUUAACAUACAAUAAUUCAGAGAACAACGAUGUACAGCGCUGUAAAGAUAGAAGGGGGAAUAAGCAGGGAACAUUUCCUACAUACGUAUUGCCAGGUGUAGUAAGAUACAAGUACGUUACUGUAACUAGACCGAUUCCUAACCCUAAACCAUCAAAGAAGCUACUACAAAUGCAUAAAAUAAAUAUAAGGUAA